AAGCUUCUCCUUGACAAACUCACUUGGCACCGGCUUGCAAAGUUGUUUCCCCAAAGGAUUUAAUUUCCAGGAAGACAAUUUUGCAUCAUAUCUUUCAACUCAACCCAGUGUCAGGAUCAAGUGGUUUUGGACCAAUCUUAGCAAAAUGUGGAAGCGUUCAAAGGGCUCAGGACGCAAAGUCUGUUUCUCCCUCGUCCACCAGUAUAUUCAACAUUUCAACGAGAAAGCCGGCAACAAAUCAGCUGCAAUCCGGAGAAGAUCUAAAAUUCCCGGGGUGGUGAUCACACAGAAUACAGUGAGCAUACCAGAGGGGAAAAGUGUCCCAGAUUUCAAAUGUAAACUAAACCCAGUCAAUGUCCAAGAAGGGAAAUCGGCUGUUUUCAAGGCUUUGGUAAUAGGAGAGCCUAAACCUGAAGUGACAUGGAAGAGAGUAAGAGGCAGCAUUUUAGACAAGGAGAAAUAUCAGAUGAAAUACGAUGACUCAACUGGGGCGUACUUAUUGGAGAUUCGUGCAGUAACGUGUGCAGAUGCAGACACAUACAAAUGCAUUGCAGUGAAUGAAUACGGAAAAGCUAUUUGCUCUGUAGCACUAAAUUUGACAGACGUUGUAACCGAUCCAUCAGAUUUCAGAAAAUUGUUGAGAAAGACCAACACAAAUAUUUUCGAGGAAAACCAGACAGAGAAAGUCAACGAAAGAAACGAGAGAUACCGGGACACGUUGCAGAGGGACUAUGAGACACUAGGGACAAAAGACAUGCACUUGAUGGACAUGAAAAUGGAGGAUAAGAGGCAGCAAAUGUUGAAAUAUCAGCAUGGAACGAGUCCUCCUGAUGAAGAUUUGGUGAGGAAAAAUGGACUUAUAGGUGGCAGAUGUGCAAAGGAUGCUGAAAACUUUACACUUCCCCAGCUAGACUUUGCAGUCAAACUUCAAGAGGCAAUAACGGAAGAAAAAGACACUGCGCUGUUUGAAUGCGUCCUGACCCAACCGUUGCCUAAAAUCACCUGGAUGAGCAAAGGCACUGUGCUGGAAGACAGUGAAAAAUAUCAAAUCAGUGUGUCGGAGCACCAAAUGAUCCACAGGUUGCUGAUCACAGACUGUUCGGACCAAGACAAAGGUGUCUAUUCAGCUGUGGCGGGAAGUGCCACAAGCAAUGCAGCAUUAGAUGUAGAAGCUGACCUUGAAGCAGCUGGCAAGAAGAAAACCGGAGGAGCAGGAAUAGACCUCGAGGAAGUGGUCAAGCAGCAGCAAAUCAAAAACCAAGAAGAAAUGGAGAAGAUUUUGGAAGCCGUCAAAGAAAAACAUGAUGCAGGGGAGUUAACAGAGCAGAAGACAUUAUCGACUUCAAGAAAAGAGGGACAAAUCAUUUCCUUGACUGAACCCGUCAAAUACAGUGGGAGUGACAUGCAUGAUUCAAACAAUAAUUGCAACAAAGCAAUGCUCAAUGGCCUCUCGCCAUCUCCGCAGCAGAUGAUAGAUGAUGUCUUUGGAACAGAUGAACCGGAGGAGACCAAGGAUGGUGAUGGAAGAAACAAGCUGGAAGAAGAAACGGAGCAUGCAGUACAAGAGUCCGGAGACACGUGUGAUGAGCAGUUAAAUGAAAGCAAUACGAAGCUCACACCAAAGAAGAAAAAAUAUGAAAGUUUUUUUAAUGAAGACAGCGAGGCUGAAGAAUUGAUUGGCCUUGCCACACAACCGAGGCGUAAAAGAAUUGGCCCACUGAUAGAAGAUGCCACCAUUGAUCCAGGGGUUCAGUUCAUCUGGGGAUUGUCGGACAUCAACGCCAUCAUCUGUGAAAAUGCAGAGCUAACUUGUAAACUCAGCAAGGAAGACUGCGAGGGAGUCUGGUUCCGGGAUGGUGAAAAGAUAAUUACUGGUGACACUUUUAUAAUAUCUAAAGAGGGUGCAAUUCAUAAGUUGCUCAUUAUGAACUGCCAGGAGGAGCACUCUGGGAAAUACCGCUUUGAGGCUGACAAUCGCAAGACAGAGGCAGUGGUCAACGUCAAAGAUCCACCGAGAUUCGAGCCAGAAGACCUCAAUGCAUUCACAGAGCCCUUAAGAAUUAAAGUAGGGCACAAUGCAGUCUUUAAACUCAAUUUUCUUGGCUUCGAGCCCAUUAAGAUCAAGUGGUACAGAGAAGGAGAGGAGCUCCAUGAUGACGCCAGCAGCACCAGGAUAGAUAAAUUGGCCAAUCACACCCGCCUGCUGCUGAGCAGGUGCCAGAGGAGGGACUCAGGAGAGAUCAAGAUCAGGCUCAAAAAUGAGCAUGGCACCGCUGAGGCGAUAACACAGCUCAUUGUGCUUGACAAACCCACUACCCCAUUGGGGCCCGCAGAGAUAACACUUAGUUCAGCUACGUGCAUUGAAUUUAAGUGGAGGCCUCCAAAGGAUGACGGCGGCUCGCCUGUGAUGAAUUACGUCAUGGAACGACAACAGAUUGGCAGAAACACUUGGAAGAAAUUAGGGGAGAUUCCGGGUGUGCCGUUCUACCGCGACACAGAUGUGGACCGUGGACGCAAAUAUUGUUACAGAAUCCGAGCUUUGACCUCAGAGGGUGUGAGCGAAGUGAUGGAGACUGAAGACCUACAGGCUGGCAUACUGGCGUUCCCCAGUGCGCCUGCACCUCCAAAAGUGGUCAGUGCUUUUGACGACUGCAUCAACCUUUCUUGGACUGCACCAAGUAACACGGGAGGCUCACAAAUUAUUGGCUACAUGGUGGAAAAACGCAAAAAAGGAAGCAAUCUCUGGACUGGGGUCAAUGCUUCAAUGGAGCCAAUAAAAGAGAAGAAAUGUGCAGUGAAAGAUGUUGUGGCAGGUAUGGAAUAUGAAUUCAGAGUUUUGGCUGUGAACCUUUCUGGACCUGGGGAAUUUAGCAACCCUUGUGACUUUGUCUUUGCCCGGGAUCCCAAAAAGCCCCCUGGGAAAGUUAUUUGUUUAAAAGUGACAGAAACUUCUUACAACCACUUUGUCUUGACCUGGACCAAACCUAAAGACAAACCUGACAUAGAGGAUGAAGCUAAGGGAUAUUUUGUGGAGAUAAGGAAUGCGCAAUCCCUAGAAUGGUCACGAAGCUUCACCAUCACCACCACCUACACUGUAAAAGGCCUGAAGGCAAUGGAUAUGUACUGGGUCAGAGUCAUUGCAACCAAUGAUGGAGGAGAGGGCCAAAUGGAGGAGCUGUCCAAUUAUGUCCUUGCCAUGCCACCCCUUGUGAGACCAAAGUUCACAAAUAAAAAGAUGAAAACAUUUGUGGUGGUGAGGGCAGGAAACACCGUCAGGGUGACCAUAAACUUUGAGGCUUCCCCACCACCGGACAUCAUGUGGCUCAAGGACAACGGGCCUGUGCCAAAGCGAGUCACAGUGAGUAACUCAGAUGGAGCUUCACAGAUGUUGAUCCCUUCGUCAGAGCGCUCUGAUUCUGGCAUCUACUCCAUUUUGGUGAGAAAUUUGGCAGGACAGGAGACUUUCAGUACAGAAGUCAGGGUCACAGAUGAUCCGAAGCCUCCUGGACCAGUAGAAAUAGAGGAAAAUGUGCCAGGAACAGUGCAAGUGACUUGGCAACCUUCUCCUGAUGAGAAGCUUGAUGACCGACUGCAUUACACAAUUUCCAAACUGGACUCGACCAAACACACGUGGACCACAGUGGCCGACAGACUCUUCAAUAACAAGUUCACUGUUUGCAAUAUCAUGCCCGGGAGGGAAUACCAUUUUCGGGUCUAUGCCAAGAACGACAUGGGUGUGUCCACACCUUCUGAGUCACCCACCUGGGCGGUGGGGAGAAAGAAAGAAAAGCUUUCACUGACAUUACCGAAUCGCGAAGAACGUGACCUGCGAUGUGCUCCGGAUUUCAUCGUACCACUGAAGCUACAUGCAGCACCAAAAGGCUAUGAAUGCUACAUGAGCUGCGCUGUCACAGGGAACCCCAAACCUCGGAUCACGUGGUACCGAGAUCACAUCAACCUGAACACAAACACCAACUAUUACAUCUCCAACACCUGUGGAGUUUGCUCCAUGUUGAUCCUCAGUGUUGGCUCUCAAGAUGUGGGCAAGUACACUGUCACAGCAGAGAACGCCCUGGGCCGAUCCGAAUGUUCCACCAUGCUCAGUGUCAGAGAGUGAAGAAUCUGACACCAACCAGGGUUGUGCUUCUUCCCCCCCCCCCCCCCCCCCGUUUCUUUUUUUUUUAGGUCGCUCAGAUGCUUUUGUUGUUGUGCUGCUUGGAUUUUCUCCAUCAGUUGCAUGACAUAAUCUGUUGGUUUGUUACAAAAACUGAAAUAAAUGAUUUCUUUGUCGA